CUUGCGGAGAUGUUGUAGCUGCCGGGAACAAGUCAUCGUGCUGGCUCAUUCUUCAUUGUAUGUAUGAGUGUACACGUGCGCCAACCUUUAACACUGGAAAUACUACUUCAUCUCAUCAAUUUAGCUCACAAUUGUUCUUCAAAACUCAGUUAGUUGUGUAUCAUUGCGCAAUGUGUGCACACAAUUCUUACGUUACCUUCACUUCGUACAAUUGACGAAACAUUUUCCGAAACCACCGAAAUGAAACCGCUUCAUAGUGUCGUACAAUCUUUUCUACUAAUGCUUUGUAUGAAGACUUGAAUCCCGGCACACAUCUCCAAGGUACUCGGAAAGAGUCGGUAAAAACCCCCUCAAGGGGAGCAGCCUGAGCACUGAGGGCUUAUCAACCACACUAUGGCCGAUCCUAGUGAGCCCCGGCCGCUCACGUCGGCAUUCGAAAGCCCAACAUUCGGCGAGGAUAGCUCUUUUCACGUGGAACAGCCCGUGGGGUCCAUGUCAAUAUCGCCAUGUGGACGAGACGUAGUUCUGGCUUCAAAGGAGGGUCUUCAUAUCAUCGACUUGGACUCACCAUAUUCACCGCCCCGCUACCUCCCUCAUCAUACAUCAUGGGAGGUCGCAGAUGUUCAGUGGUCUCCCUUCGCUGCUAGAGAUUACUGGGUUGCGAGCACAUCGAACCAGAAAGCGUUGGUAUGGAAUUUGGGCAUGAAAUCAUGGCAGAACCCGAUUGAACAUGUCUUGCAUGCUCACACCCGUGCAAUAACGGAUAUAAACUUCUCCGCUCACCACCCGGAUGUCCUAGCGACCUGUGCCGUUGACAGCUUUGUCCACUGCUGGGAUCUGCGGUCUCCUUCUCGACCAGCCAUCUCGUUCUCGGAUUGGUUUGCCGGUGCAACUCAAGUCAAAUGGAACAGACAAGAUCCGAACGUCAUCGCUAGCUCUCACGAUAGAUUCUUGAGGAUAUGGGACAAGAGAAAAGGCGCCUACCCGAUUCGGUCCAUUGAGGCCCAUGAUACCAAAAUCUACGGUGUUGAUUGGAACAGAGUCCGUCCGGGGGCCGUUGUGACGUGCGCUUUGGAUAAGACAAUAAAGUUUUGGGAUUACACUGUUGAAGGUGAAGAUCCGGAGAAGAUCAUCAGAACUCCCUUUCCGGUUUGGCGUGCGAGAAACACACCGUUUGGAUGGGGUGUAUUGGCAAUGCCACAGAGAGGCAAUAGUGAUCUUCACCUGUAUAGUCGCAGAGCUGGAGAGGGUGCAGACCCUGUUAGAGACCUUCCUCUAGUACACAGUUUCCCAGGGCAUAAGGGCCAGGUGAAGGAGUUCCUCUGGAGAGCGCGCGGGGGCGUGGUGGAUGGAACUGACUACAGAGACUUCCAGCUAGUAUCCUGGGGGACUGAUAGAGAACUUCGUUUACAUAGGGCUGAUCCAGAUGUCCUGCGAGGCGUUGGUCACGAAAAGGGGAAGUCAUUUAUGUCCAACCUAAACCUCACUCGCAAUGGCGCUGUUUAUAAGAGUUUUCGUGAUGAAGAUGUUAGUCGGGGGCAUGAUGAUACGGAUUCUCUGUCUGCUUUCCAAGAGCCAACGCCCGGCUCAUCCCGAGCUUUAGGGGUAAAUACUAUAUCGGUUCCGUACAGUCGACCUUGGACCCAGGGAGGUAACACGGAGUCUAGAAUUGGUAUGCAAGGCAGAUCUAAUAUUCGGACCGAUACGAAUCCUAUAUCUUGGAUGCGAGGUGUCAAAAUUUCGGGAUGGGAUGUUGAAACACUAGGUGACGAAAUUACACAUGUGGGAGAGAAAUUCACCAAGGUUGAUUUUGAGUCCGUGGAUGUCAGGCAGCGAAAGGCGACAAUAUCUCUGCAUGGGCCCUGGGGGGCAGAUGGCGACUCGCUCUUCCUGAAAGUGGACAUAAAAUUUCCUGUCGAUUAUCCAAGGACUGCACUGCCAUCAUUCAGUGUGCAAAAGACCGCGGCGGUCACAGACCAGCUUGCCAACAAGCUUGUGGCGGAAUUGCGCACAAUUGCGGAAACUUUCCUCUCUCACAAGAGAGGCUGCCUCGAAGGAGUUGUUCGCUACCUGUUAGGGGAAACCAGCUUAGAAGAAAGCAUAGCCUGGAUCUUGGGUGAAACGACCGAAACUGUGAAAUCUCCCCUCAGCGGCCAGCUAGAGGGGGAAGAGUCAAGCGACGAAGAUGAAGUAGGUUUGUCCCAGAGUCAAGAACUGGGAAUGAGCUCUGAGUUGCUGCGGCCAGUCAAUGCCAAUGUAAUGGUACCUGUUGCUAAGGCAUGCGGUGCACUCUGGGCCAAUGAUGGUCGUUUAGUCUGCUUUUUCCCCUCCAAGAAAGACAAAUCAGCGUCUUUGUUGGAAAACCUAGGAUUUAAGGAAAUGACGAGGCUAUCGAGGGCAGACAAAGUCUUUGAGGGAUUUGGCCGUCUGCAGACGAGUUCACCUGGGCCACGAACCACGGGUACAAUGACUAGUACUGAUGAUGGCGCAUCCGAUUACUCCGAUGACUCGGAUGCUGAGACUUCCAGCUCUUCUGGGUCAUCAGGAAUCUUAUCAGGCUUGCAACAUCGAUUUCCAACUCCUCAAACAUGGCGUAGUGCCGGCAGUCUUGGACUCUAUAAGCCGCGGUCCACGGAUAAUUCCCAGAGGUCAACUGUAGGUAUGAUGACUUCAAAAUUGUCCGAAAACCCACAGAAUGUCGUAUCUAUUCAUGACUUCACUGAGUUACUUCCAGCAAAACGCGAGCUAGCAAACAAAUAUCUUAUUUGCGGCAAAGGUACAGAUGUAUGUGCCCAUAACGCUGCGGUUGCUCUCGAUCAUGGCUACUAUGAGCUGGCCCGAAUCUGGGGACUUGUCAAACUGGUUUUGUACAAUAACAAAAAAUCUAUCCCUGCAUCUGGCCUAGACUCCCGCGAAAGACCCCAGCUCAUGCAGAGAAAGGAUAGUGCGGUGGACCUGAGUUACGAUCUGGGAAGUCAAGAUCAGCAUCCAAAGGAGACAGUUGGUAAUGUGAUUCAAUGGGGAGAUCAUCCUUUUGGAGGAAAAUGGCUCGUUCCUGCCCUCUUCGAGCAUUUCGAACGGAUUGGGGACAUACAAAUGGUUGCAAUGCUCAGCUGUGUUUUGCAUGAACCGGCUCACGAGGACUCGCUCAGCGACGAAUAUCAUCACAGCAGGACAGUGUCAAAGAGACUGGAGGAUCAACCCUUGCCAUUAAAUACUUAUUCCAGUCAUACAUCCUCACCGAAUAAGUGUCACACAACGACUCCCCUAGGAUCGACGCCUAAAGAUAGCCAUGCUACGCCUAUCACGCAGAGCUCUGGACGAUCGUCCUCUGAGAUCUGGCGUCCUGAUUCUACUCCUCCGUAUUCAACUGGUACAACUCCUCCGUUGGCAUCCCGUGCUUCAGGCUUUGCAGCAGAGAGGAGGGCUAUGGGCCAUACUACUUCCAUAGCCGCUUCACCUGACCAACAGUCUCAGCCACGUAGCGCAUCAGGCCUUGGUUCAGUUCUUGCUUCUUCUCUAUCUCGGUCUUUCACCUUUGGCCCCUCGUCGGCCUCACCACCGGCCAAUGUUUUGUCCAAGAAAAAGCAGAGCCCCGGCGGCAGCCCCAACACGACUGGGGGAAUAUGGCCUACGAGUACUUCCACCUCAAAACCUGUAUCAGCAGUCCCCGACUACCUUACCACAUCAACUGCGCCCACCUCUCAAACACAUUCUGAUACGGAGAGUGAAAGACCUGAGAAGCCCGAACACUCGAAGCCACGGGCGAAACUACGAGUGACCCUGAAAAAUCGUGACGCUUUUGAAGCUAAUAAUGGGGCGACUCAAAAUUCUUUCAUUGAUAACAAUAAGGAUUGUCUUUAUCGAUCAUAUCGAAUAGCGUACGCCCAUCUGUUAUCAAUAUGGGGCCUUCCCAUACAGCGCAGUGAAGUCCUCAAGAUUGGUGGAAAUAGUAAUCUUCCUAACCACACUGACUUCCGUCAAUGGGGCUAUAGUAGCCCGGAGUCGUCGCUCUCUUUGCCAACCCUUGGGCGAAGCAGCUCGGUAAGUUUGGCUGCUGAAACAGGUAACGAGGGACUGGAAAUUCAACGGCAUUGCAUCAGUUGUGGCUGUCCUCUUCAUAUGUCAAUUUUUACUACACAGUCCGAGACGAAGAGCGCAGCCAAAACCCACAUAAAGGGGGUUCCUACGCCCACGAUCUGUGAAAAUUGUAACCCGAAGCAGCCUCUUCCCCUCAAACUUCCCUGUGUUAUUUGCGGUGAAGUGGUCGACGGAAUGCUCACACCUUGUCUCAGUUGUGGACAUGUGAGUUGCUUUAGCUGCCAUCGGGGCUGGUUCUCAAUGGCAUCGCCAGAGCUACAUAAUGAGAAAACCAAUAGCGCUGUAGAUUUGCCGGAAAGUGACCAGGAGUUCCAGUUCUGCCCUACUGGUUGUGGCUGCAAAUGUUCGGAGCAUAUUGUCACCAACAUCCCGAGACCCUGGAGCCCUUCGUCACCGAUGGUGGACAACGAGACGAGUCCCUUGAGUCGAUCUCGGAACCGACGCUCCGAUGGAUCAUCGAAACAUGUUGACAUCGUGCCCAGUGUUGGCCAACACGAAGAGGAUCUCGAUCAGUGGCAUGCAUCGCCAUUUGCUUCCCUUGCCAGGGGCAUGGGAGGUGGCUUGAGUAGGGGUCUACGGCCUAAGGAUGAUAGACGAAAGUCGAAAUCAUCUACUACUGGUUUCGUCCCGAAAAGGUCUUCUAUGAAUCAAGUAGAAAGCACAUGGCAAUGAUAUAUAUAGUUUGAGCGUUUGUCUUUCUAGGAGUGGAUUAUGUAUACCCAUUGUUUGUGUUCGCAUUA